UCCCAGCUUUUAACACAGCGCGAUGGCCUCCAGUAGACAGCUCGAACCUCCACGCUCUUGAACCUCGCCGUUUUCUUUGGCAUUUGUUUUCCUCUUUUCACGACUGCUACUCGGAAGCACAUUUUAAUUUGCUGUCGCACGACAGGCAGAAAAACAAGAUUUCUGGGGAAUGUUUGGUAAUACCUGGAGAUCAUGACAUCGGAGAGAGGAGCGCAACAAGUGCGCUAAGAAUUUCUCGCCUCACCUAUUUGGGUCAGCCAGGUUUAGAUAUUUAUUGAUGUUCCUACCGUUGGACACAAUUUCUUUUACGUUUUAUUUUAAACAGCAAGGCUCACUAGUUGUCAUCGCUGGGUUGUAUUAUUUUGAGUCGCUACUUCGUUUCCUUCAGUCCAGAGACCAUGCCGGGUAACCUAUGAUCCACAGAUAAUACUGAUCCCAACUGCGUGUGAGUCGACAACAGCAGUCAGGUGAGACCUCACACCUGAAACUACAGUUAUGGGUCCAAAACAGAGUAUCCCUGCCACCAACGGUCGGGUCAGAGCUUACUCCGGUUCGGAUGUCCCUUCGUCCACUUCUGGUAACGGGGCAGGUAGGACUGCUGGGUUGAGAGGCACAGCGGGGAUUUCACAAAUGGGACAAAGGGGCAGAUACAACCAAGGUACCAGGCCGAAUUCACUUCACCAAGCAGCGGUUAAUAUACCAAACAGCGGUGGGAAUCACAGUAGCAGUGAUGACACCGAUGGAGAGACAGAUCUACCCGGCAGGAGUAGGCUUCUGAUAGGAUCCUUACCAGCCCACCUCUCACCGCACCUACUUGGAGGGUUCCACUGUCCCGUUUGCUCCAAGUUUGUUCCGUCUGAUGAGAUGGACCUCCACCUCGUCAUGUGUCUCACCAAACCCAGACUCUCCUAUAACGAGGACGUCCUAGCAAAGGAUUCUGGGGAGUGUGCCAUAUGCUUGGAUGACAUGGUCCAGGGGGACACCAUCGCCCGACUGCCCUGUCUCUGUAUUUAUCAUAAAGGCUGCAUAGAUGAGUGGUUUGAGGUGAACCGAUCUUGUCCAGAACAUCCUUCUGAUUAAGACACAGAGCAUAUAGAGGUUUUGUAUAAUGGGGAACAGCUGAGAAAAAUCUUCACAAAAACCUGGCAGUGACACAAGGACACUUGGACCCUAUGGCUUCCCUCUCGACACCAUAAAGCAUAUCAGUGCCACCUCAAAGGGCUUCCACUGCUGCAAGGACUCACCAAAGUGCCAAAAAACGUAGCAUCUUCUAGUAAAGCAAAUCCUCUGGAAUUUCAUGUUGUUGGUUUUGCACUCCCAGACCUAACUCCAUUCCACAAAACAAGCAACGCUGCUGGAUCACUGACCAGGGAGGAUCCUUUCUGGUUGGUUUGACCUUUGAAUGACCUCUGCUUGAACACCAAACCUCAGGCCUGAAUCAUCAGCAGCAGGGUGUGGGGGCACUGGCAGUGUAAUGGUCAGAGCAGAGGAUAUGGAUGGUUUUAAGAGCGUGACAAGUGAAUGAAUGUGUCAAAUUGUGUUGCCCGGUGUGGGACAUUCCCAUUUCGGGAUGAAGGACAGAGAAACACAAGGGUUGAUUUCAGGGAAAGAUGUACAUAUUUUUGAUCAGAUAUUAACGUAAUCUUAACUUUGUAAAUCACUGUUGCCAAUUGAAAAUUAUGUAAAUAAUAGUAAGAGUUUAAUUACAGCAUUACAGUUCUUUCUCUCUCUAAGCUUAGAUGAUUACCAAAAAUAAUAACCAGUCUGUUUAGUGAGCUGGUGAAGGUAAAUGUGGAUGUAGCAUUGCCUUCCAUUUCUGUGUGUGAACGUAACUGGUCUCUGAUCACUUGAGACAAAAGAGCAAGUUAGUGCUGUCACUGACUAGAGUGCUCGAAAACACACUUGGAGAGAUCAUGGAUUCUAUGGACGAGAAAGGCCACCCUAGGCUAGGAAUGUGGUACCGUAUGAACUAAGUGCCAUUCUUUCAUGUAAAAUAUGCUGCUGU